AUGGGCGUGAAGGACCAUCUGGAGGAUGGGACAGGCCACAUCCUCAGCCUGGGGCUGGAUCUGGACUACCUCCAUGUGGCCGGUGCUGAGCGGCAGGCGGGCCUGAGCACUGUGACGGGUGCUGGGGGUCUAGAGGUCAAAGCCGGGGCCUCGAGUACCAGCAGUGCCAGUCUUGGCUGCAGCAGCACCAGUUCCAGCUUCAGCAGCAGCAGCAGCACCAGUUCCAGCUUCAGCAGCAGCAGCAGCACCAGUUCCAGCUUCAGCAGCAGCAGCAGUUGCAAUAACUUCUCGGACAACGACGAUGAACGGCUCCACAAUGGGUCCGGUUCUGAGUCUCAAAACCCUCACGAGGCGUCGCUGCAGCACCAAGAGUCCUCUUCGGUCCUCCAGACGGUCAGGCUGGACCUGGCACCAAGCCGAUCCCCUGGAGACCCUCCACAGCCGGACCCCCUCACAGACUACCGCUCCAAGGUGGAGUUUGCCCUGAAGCUGGGCUACCCGGAGGCGCUGAUGCCGCUGGUGCUGGUGAAGCUGGGCCCGGACGCACUCAUCAACGAUGUCCUGGGGGAGCUGGUGAAACUGGGAACCAAGACGGAAAUGGAGCAGCAGGGAGGUCCGGCUGUCUCCCAGUCUCCCUCCUCCUCUUUGGCCUCCUCCUUCUCCUCCUUCUCCUCCUCCUCCUCCUCCUCCAGCUCCUCUCUGGACUCCUGCCGGCUGCUGUGUCCGGCCCAGCUGCUGGAGGACAAAGACAACCUCCGCCCCGUGGUGCUGGACGGGAGCAAUGUGGCCAUGAGUCAUGGAAAUAAGGAAGUGUUUUCCUGCCAAGGCAUCCAGCUGGCUGUCGAUUGGUUCUUGGAGCGAGGUCACCGUGACAUCACGGUGUUCGUCCCCGCCUGGAGAAAAGAGCAGUCCCGCCCCGAUGCGCUCAUCACAGACCAGGAGAUCCUCCGGCGGCUGGAGAAAGAGAAGAUCCUGGUCUUCACGCCCUCGCGCCGGGUUCAGGGACGGCGCGUGGUUUGCUACGACGACCGCUUCAUCGUCAAACUGGCCUACGAGUCCGAGGGCAUCAUCGUCUCCAACGACAACUACCGCGACCUGGCCAACGAGAAGCCGUAGUGGAAGAAGUUCAUCGAUGAGCGUCUGCUGAUGUACUCCUUCGUCAACGACAAGUUCAUGCCACCGGAUGACCCUCUGGGACGGCAUGGACCCAGUCUGGAGAACUUCCUAAGGAAGAGGCCGAUUAUUGCCGAACACAGGAAGCAGCCAUGUCCUUAUGGGAAGAAGUGCACAUAUGGCCACAAGUGCAAGUUUUACCACCCUGAAAGGGGAAGCCAGCCCCAGCGUGCCGUGGCUGAUGAGCUCCGUGCCAGUGCCAAGAUGUCCUCAGUGGCGUCUAGAGGUCUGCUGGAAGACGCCCUUAUGGUGAAGAGACAAAGCUCCGGCCAACCAGAAGGAACGGCUGAGACCGAGCGAAGUCGGGCCACUCCAAAGAAACAGUCGAACCCCAGCCCUCACAGCUCCUUCAGCGACCUUCUGGAGGACCGGCUCAGGAUGCAGUCCAAAGGGGAAGGCCGGAGGGGAAGCGGCGGUAGCUGCAGCAGCUUUUUAGGGUUCCCGGCUCCGGGCGGACCCACUUCGUCUGGAAGCUUCGACCGAUGGGAAGACCCUGGGGGAAACUGUGGAGGCAGCUCCAGGUUUGCUGGAGCCUCCGGAACAAGCCAGGCUGAAACUUACCGCAGAUGCGAGUCUCCAGAGCCAAGCUACCGCUCCCUGGUGAAGGCCUACUCCGGCCUCAGUCUGGGGGUGCCACAGAGUCCUGAAUGCUUCCGCCCGGCUGAUCAGCGAGCUGGAUCGAGGUCGGACUGUCGCAACGAAGGCAGUGCAGACUCUUCCUCCCCCGACCCCUUGUUAGACGAUGGCCCCAAAUGCCACCGUCACCACCACCAUCAUCACUGCUCUGGCCGGUUUGCCCAUCCUGUGAUCCGUGUUCCUCCUGGACUGGGCCACCACGCUCCUCGUGGCUAUCCAGUUCCCCAAGCGCUACGGAGACAACUUGGUUUUGGCUUCGAAGACCCCCCAUCUUCUGUUCCCUCUCAUGGACCUCCACAUCCCAUCAAGUCCCCUUCAGCCCACGUGCCACCACACCUUCAGCAUCCAUUGCUGAGCAGCUUUCCGGGGGAAUUCCCAGCUUGUCCACCUCAAGGCGCUCAUUCCCACUCUCAGAGCUCGCCCUUCGGCCAGGAUCUGAUGACCUCCAUUUGGCAGGAAGGCGGGCUCCAAGAAUCGCAAGUGUACAAAGGGUCACCGCUUCAUUCCCGAACAAACCACUCUGGGCUUAACCAACAACCCCAGCUUCCGGUAAACUGGGACUGGGAUUACCAUCAGUCCCCUAAGCCCCGCUACGAUCCGUACACCUUCCAGAGCCUCCCAGAAGUCCUGGAGAAGGCUUGGCACUCGCCUUGGGCCAGGCAAACCCAUUCGUCCCCCCGUGGUCUACCACCGCCCCCCCAGCUGUCCCUUCCACCCAUUACUGCCCACCGGUCCCCGGCGCCGCAGCACCAGGAGCCCCCGGCCUUGGGUCGCUACCAGGACCUCAGAGAGAGGGUGUUUGUUAACUUGUGCCGCAUCUUCCCUCCUGACCUGGUGAGGAUGGUGAUGACCAGGAACCCCCAGGUGGUGGACGCUCAGGAGCUGGCGGCUGUGAUUCUGAUGGAGAAAUCGCAGCACGGUCCUUGA